AUGGGUAAACAGAAAUCACCAAAGACACCAAAAGCACCAAAGGCACCAAAGUCAUCAAAGUCAAAGACUUCCAAGGAGUGUCCCCCUGCAGCCAAUGUCGUACCAACAGAGGGUGAGGUAGUCGGUCCAUUCGAUCCACUGGCCAAACUUAGUGAAGAUGAGCUGAAGGCCUAUAACGAGUUCAAAGAGUUGACAAAGACUGACUUAGAAUUGGACAAUAGAGAGAGAGAAUGGUUGACAGACAUGUGUUGCCUAAGAUAUCUUAGAGCUCGUGAUUAUGACCUCACACAAUCAUUCAACAUGCUCAAGAAGACUCUGGCCUGGAGGAGAGAUUACAAGCCAUGGGAAAUUACUGCUGAACACUUGAGCUUUGAAGCAGCAACUGGAAAGCAAUAUGUAAAUGGAAAGAUAAAGGAUGGAAAGCCAGUCAUUUAUAUGAGACCAUCGAGAGAGAAUACAAAGACUCAUGAUAGACAGAUCCAGUUGAUGGUGUAUACGUUGGAGCGUGCCAUCGAACAGAUGGAUGCAGCAAAUGGUGUGGAGCAGGUGGCCCUAAUGAUCGACUUUAGUGGCUACUCUAUGUUCAACAUGCCACCAACUUCUGUCAGCAAGCAGUGUCUGGACAUCCUCAGUGACCACUAUCCCGAGCGCCUGGGCUACGCCUUCAUCAUCGACCCACCAUACAUAUUCAACAUCUUUUGGAACUUUGUCUCGCCAUUCAUCAACAAACAUACGUCCAAGAAGAUCCACUUCCUGAAAGGUGAGAAGCUGCGUCGCAACAUACUGUCGCAACACUUUGACGAGCAGGUGCUCGAGAAAGAGUACGGCGGCGUCAGUGAGUUCUCCUUUGUCCGCGAGGAAUACUGGAGAGACGAGAUCAUCAAUGAUAGAGCCAAGCGUGGAUUGCCUUCAUUGGAUGACGCCAUGUUAAACGAAGUACUGGCAUUGAAGGAGUAA